UAAUUUGUUGUUAACUCAAUAGAACUAAAAUAUCGAGAGAAAAGAAGAAGAAGAAGAAGACGAACCAUGAAUGUUAGCAGAAAGAGAAAUUACCAUUCAAUUUCAUCUCCAUCACCACCAAAAACCUCAACACACUCUCCAAUACCAAUCCCACCCUUAGGUAAAACAAAAACCCUCUUCGAAAUAAUCUCCACAAACCCAUCUUUAACCGUUGAAAAAUCCCUCGAAGAUUCUCAAAUCAAUUUAACCCCACAAGACGUUGAAAAUGUUCUCAAACUUUCUUACCGGUUCCCGGCUCAAUCAGUUAAAUUCUUCCGUUGGGCCGGUCACCGUAUUAAUCAUAACCACACUCCAUAUGCUUGGAAUUUGGUUAUUGAUAUUUUAGGUAAAAAUUGUUUAUUUGAUGCAAUGUGGGACGCUGUUAAAUCAAUGCGUCGUGAGGGUUUGUUGUCGCGAUCCACUUUCGCGUCAAUUUUCGCGAGUUAUGUUAAUGCUGGUAGAUUAGCUGAUGCUAUAAUGACUUUUGAGGUUAUGGAUGGGUAUGGUGUUGUAAGGGAUGUUGUUUCGUUGAAUUCGUUGUUGAGUGCUGUUUGUGGGAGUGGGAGGAGUGUUGAAGCGUGUGAUUAUUUGCAGAUUGCAAAGAAAUUGGUUAGACCGGAUUCGGAUACUUAUGCUAUUUUGAUGGAGGGUUUGGAGAGUGAUGGGAAUGUUGUUGGUGCUAAGGAGACUUUUGCGGAGAUGGUUAUUGAAAUUGGUUGGGAUCCGGGGAAUGUGGCUGCGUAUGAUUCGUUUUUGUGUUGUUUGAUUAAGGGGAGUGAUGGGAUUCAUGAGGCGGUUAAGUUUUUUGAUUCGUUGAGAGAUAGGAGAUGUUAUCCGGGGAUUAGGUUUUUUAGGGUUGCGUUGGAUGAGUGUUCUAGGUUUCAUGAUAUACGGAGGGCAGAGUUUUUUUGGGAGGUUAUGAUGGGGAAGACUAAGUUGCAGCCGAUGACGGCUAUGUAUAAUUCGAUGAUUGCUUUGUAUUGUUAUCAUGGGGAUAUUGAUGCUGCUACGAAAAUGCUUGAUGGGAUGGUUUGUAAAGGGGCGUUCCCGGAUUCGCUUACUUAUAAUUUGUUGUUUAGGUUUUUGGUUAAAGGGAGGAAAUUAAGGGACGCGACGAGGGUGUUUGUGGAAAUGGUGAAAAACGAGUGUGUGCCGGAUCAGCUUAAUUGUGAUGCGGCUGUUAGGGUUUAUUUGGAUAAUGGGGAUCCUGUUAUGGCUAUUAAAGUUUGGAAGUGUUUGGUUGAGAAUUACCGUGAGGAUUUAGAGGGUACUGCAAACUUGCUGGUUGUAGGGCUUCGAGAUAAUGAUAGGGUUCCCGAAGCGGUUAAGUAUGCUGAGCAUAUUAUUGGAAGAGGAAUCAAGUUGACUUCUUCGACAUUGUCGAAGUUGAGACAGAGCCUUGUCAAAGACAGAAAAGAAUUCGUGUAUGACGAACUUAUAGCAAAGUGGAAAGCGGCCUAUUAGUUAUCUAUCUGGGGUCACAUGCUUACAAAUAUAAAAGUGCAAUAAGAUAUGAGCUAUACCGGGAGUGAAUUGGUUUUUUCAAAGGUUUUAUAGGCAUGCAGUUUUUGUAAAUGGAUUGUCUGGUUGAUCCUCCUGUAAGUCUGACCUUGUACGUUUUGUUCUAUAGAUAAGUUACUUAGUGUUAGUUGAAAAGGGUAUCAAUUAUCAAUUCUUUGUAUCCCGCAUUGCUUUUAGUGUAUUUAGGCUUUACAUUUCAGUAAUAAAGUUAUCAUUGGUUUAAGAUACUGCGUUGUCGUCAGAUUUAUACAUAAAACUCUUCCUGGCAACCCUGCUUGAAAAAUUGAUUUAUUUACUAGAUUUAUCCA